GCAAGGGGAACGUUGUGCAGCAUGAAUGCAGCAGAGUUGGGAGCUUUUACUCCCGAACAAGCGGCGGCUCCGGUAAAUACGGUGGAGGAAAAAUGGAGACUACUUCCAGCUUUUUUGAAGGUAAAAGGACUUGUAAAGCAACAUAUAGAUUCAUUCAAUUAUUUCAUCAAUGUAGAGAUAAAGAAAAUAAUGAAAGCCAAUGAAAAAAUUACAAGUGAUGCUGAUCCAAUGUGGUAUUUAAAAUAUCUCAAUAUUUAUGUGGGUACUCCAGAUGUUGAAGAAAGCUUCAAUGUAACAAGACCGGUUUCUCCUCAUGAGUGUCGCCUGAGAGACAUGACUUACUCUGCCCCAAUUACAGUGGACAUUGAAUAUACUCGAGGCAGCCAAAGAAUUAUUCGUAAUGCAUUACCUGUUGGCAGGAUGCCAAUAAUGUUACGUAGUUCCAAUUGUGUUCUCACUGGGAAGACUCCAGCAGAAUUUGCAAAGCUUAAUGAGUGUCCUUUAGAUCCAGGUGGCUACUUCAUUGUCAAAGGAGUGGAAAAGGUCAUUCUUAUUCAAGAGCAGUUAUCGAAAAACCGAAUAAUAGUGGAAGCUGACAGAAAAGGAACAGUUGGCGCAUCAGUUACCAGCUCUACGCAUGAAAAGAAGAGCAGAACAAAUAUAACUGUGAAGCAAGGAAGGUUUUAUCUGAAGCACAACACCCUUUCAGAAGAUAUUCCAAUAGCAAUAAUCUUUAAGGCCAUGGGGGUUGAGAGUGACCAAGAGAUUGUGCAGAUGAUUGGAACAGAGGAGCAUGUGAUGGCUGCCUUUGGCCCCAGCUUGGAGGAAUGCCAAAAAGCUCAGAUUUUCACACAGAUGCAGGCAUUGAAAUAUUUGGGAAAUAAAGUCCGAAGGCAGCGAAUGUGGGGAGGUCCAAAGAAAACCAAGAUGGAGGAAGCAAGAGAGUUGUUGGCAACGACUAUUCUUGCCCAUGUGCCGGUAAAAGAAUUCAACUUCCGCUCCAAGUGCAUCUAUACAGCUGUGAUGGUCCGCAGGGUGAUUCUAGCUCAGGGAGAUAAUAAAGUGGAUGACAGAGAUUAUUAUGGAAAUAAGAGGCUGGAACUUGCAGGACAGCUUCUGUCCCUUCUAUUUGAAGACUUGUUCAAAAAAUUCAACUCUGAGUUGAAGAAAAUUGCUGACCAAGUAAUUCCCAAGCAAAGAGCGGCCCAGUUUGAUGUAGUUAAGCACAUGCGGCAAGAUCAAAUCACCAACGGUAUGGUGAAUGCCAUCUCGACCGGGAAUUGGUCACUGAAGAGAUUCAAGAUGGAUCGACAGGGUGUGACUCAAGUUUUGUCACGCUUGUCCUAUAUCUCUGCUUUGGGGAUGAUGACAAGGAUUUCUUCUCAGUUUGAAAAGACCAGGAAAGUGAGUGGGCCCCGAUCUCUGCAGCCAUCUCAGUGGGGAAUGCUGUGCCCAUCAGAUACUCCUGAAGGAGAGGCCUGUGGCUUGGUUAAAAACCUAGCAUUGAUGACUCACAUUACUACUGACAUGGAAGAUGGCCCUAUUAUUAAAUUAGCUGGUAACCUUGGAGUGGAAGAUGUAAACCUUCUGUGUGGAGAGGAACUUUCAUAUCCAAACGUGUUUCUUGUUUUCCUUAAUGGUAACAUCCUUGGUGUCAUUCGAGAUCAUCAGAAACUGGUCUAUACAUUCCGACUAAUGCGUAGAGCAGGCUAUAUCAAUGAAUUUGUUUCAAUCUCCACAAAUCUUGCAGACAGAUGUGUCUAUAUUUCUAGUGAUGGUGGAAGAUUAUGUAGACCCUAUAUUAUUGUGAAGAAGCAAAAGCCUGCUGUAACAGAAAAGCAUAUGGAAGAACUUGCACAAGGUUAUAGGAACUUUGAAGACUUUUUACAUGAAAGCCUUGUUGAAUAUUUGGAUGUGAAUGAGGAAAAUGAUUGCAACAUUGCACUCUAUGAACAUACAAUCAAUAAAGAGACAACACACUUGGAGAUUGAACCUUUUACUCUUCUUGGAGUCUGUGCUGGUCUCAUUCCAUAUCCCCAUCAUAACCAGUCUCCAAGAAACACUUACCAGUGUGCUAUGGGAAAGCAAGCUAUGGGUACCAUUGGCUACAAUCAGAGGAACAGGAUUGAUACCCUUAUGUAUCUGUUAGCAUAUCCACAAAGACCAAUGGUUAAGACAAAAACAAUAGAACUCAUCGAGUUUGAAAAACUGCCGGCUGGACAGAAUGCCACGGUUGCUGUGAUGAGUUACAGUGGUUAUGACAUUGAGGAUGCUCUGGUUUUAAACAAGGCUUCUUUAGACAGAGGCUUUGGAAGGUGCCUUGUAUACAAAAAUGCUAAGUGUACUCUCAAGCGUUACACAAAUCAAACAUUUGAUAAAGUAAUGGGGCCCAUGCUAGAUGCGGGAACACGCAAACCAAUUUGGCGGCAUGAAAUUUUAGAUGCUGAUGGCAUUUGCUCUCCAGGUGAAAAAGUAGAAAACAAGCAAGUGCUUGUGAAUAAAUCAAUGCCCACGGUGACCCAAACUCCUUUGGAAGGGAGCAGCGUAUCUCAACAAUCUCAGUAUAAAGAUGUGCCAGUAAUUUACAAAGGUGCAACAGAUUCGUACAUUGAAAAGGUCAUGAUAUCUUCCAAUGCAGAAGAUGCUUUUUUAAUCAAAAUAUUGCUAAGACAAACUAGGCGCCCAGAAAUUGGAGACAAGUUUAGCAGUCGUCAUGGGCAAAAAGGAGUCUGUGGACUGAUUGUACCUCAGGAAGACAUGCCAUUUUGUGAUUCAGGAAUCUGUCCUGAUAUCAUUAUGAAUCCCCAUGGCUUCCCGUCACGUAUGACGGUAGGAAAGCUCAUUGAACUUCUGGCAGGAAAAGCUGGAGUCCUAGAUGGCAGAUUUCAUUAUGGAACAGCAUUCGGUGGCAGUAAAGUUAAAGAUGUAUGUGAAGAUCUUGUUCGUUAUGGCUAUAACUAUUUGGGGAAGGAUUACGUAACAUCUGGCAUCACAGGAGAACCCUUAGAAGCCUAUAUCUAUUUUGGCCCUGUGUAUUAUCAGAAACUGAAGCACAUGGUGCUGGAUAAGAUGCAUGCAAGAGCUAGAGGACCCAGAGCAGUUCUUACCAGGCAGCCCACUGAAGGCCGAUCCCGUGAUGGAGGACUGCGUCUGGGAGAAAUGGAAAGAGAUUGCUUGAUAGGAUAUGGAGCCAGCAUGCUGUUGUUGGAGAGGCUUAUGAUUUCAAGCGAUGCAUUCGAAGUAGAUGUAUGCGGCCAGUGUGGAUUACUGGGCUACUCUGGCUGGUGCCAUUACUGCAAAUCUUCAUGCCAUGUCUCUUCUCUGCGUAUACCAUAUGCAUGUAAGCUUCUCUUCCAAGAACUUCAAUCUAUGAAUAUUAUACCCAGAUUAAAAUUGUCCAAGUACAAUGAAUAAACGAAUGACAAACAAAGAAAGAAGAAGCUGGCGGGAAUGUAAUCAGAGCAAGUUCAAGUGGAAGUGCUAAACCACAUAAGCCACAAGUUCCUCUUGGUUUUCUUUUCCCUCUUUGGCUGGGAAACAGUCCUCAAGAGAAUGUUAGACGCUGCAAGGGCAAGACUCAAGCUGUGUUUAUCUGUGACAAACAACAAGAGGUUUUGUAUA